CUGCUGCUGCAGUGAAGUAAAAUGUGUCAAUUUCCAAGCGGACAGCAGAGACACCGUGGAGGAGAAGCCGGGGACAGCCGACGAGCCGCAGACUACCAGCGCUACAUCCUGGUUGACCUGACCGGGUGAUGUGCUCUAUCCGCCAGCCUGUGUGCUGAGGGAGACACCGCAGUGCUCAAUCUGAAGCUGCGUCUAAUUUCCAAAGGACAGAAUAAAACUGUGUGAAAGCAAGAUGGUGACCUCGGAUACCCCAGAGGCUCCAGUACCGCUGACGGUACUGUCCCGCUGGUACCUCUACGCCAUCCACGGCUACUUCUGCGAGGUCAUGUUCACAGCCGCCUGGGAAUUCGUGGUCAACUGCAACUGGAAGUUCCCCGGGGUGACCAGCGUGUGGGCGCUCUUCAUCUACGGCACCUGCAUCCUCAUAGUGGAGCAGAUGUACCUGAAGCUGCGUGGCCACUGCCCCGUGCUGCUGCGCUGCAUCAUCUACACUUUAUGGACGUACCUGUGGGAGUUUGGCACGGGGCUGCUGCUGCGCCAGUUCAACGCCUGCCCCUGGGACUACUCCGAGUUCCGCUACAACUUCAAGGGACUGAUCACGGCCGAGUACGCCGUGCCCUGGUUUUGCGCCUCCUUUAUCGUGGAGCGCUUUGUUAUUAGCAAAACGCUGCGACUGCGCUUCCACGAGGGGCCCGAGGACGGCUGGUCAAAGAAGCCUUCGGAUGCUGGGGGUGGAGGAGGAGGGGCGGUGGGACCUGUCGGGGGUGGGAGGAGGAGAGAGAGGAGCAGAGAGAUGGGAAAUGAUGCUAACGGCUACUUAAAAGUAGAAUGAAGAAGAAGAAGAAGAGGAAUAAAACACUCGAAAACCAGCCCAAUUUCUGCUAAACCUCCUCCACCGUCCUCAGCCACUUUUCAUUAACUUCUCCCCAUCAUCUGUUGUGAUGGGAAGACGAAAACAGCCAGCCAGCCAGACAUGCAGACUCGGCUGGUGUGCAGAGGAGUACAGAGCAUCAGAACAGCCGGAAAGUAGAAUUGGGUCUUUAAAAACACCCAAAUCACUCUCUGUGCUCUCUACGGUCACCAGAGGCCCGAUAACUCCAUGCUGCUGCAUUUGCUGCAUCGCAUAACACCCCCACCCGUCCCCAUUUGCCGUUGACCUUGAGGAGAUCAGUUUCCUGAAUGGCCGAGAUUACUCUCUCCAUUUCUCCUAUCCCACAGACUGCAAUAAACUCGGGAUUAACAACAAAUAGUUGCAGAGAUUAGCGUUAUCACCCUUGCAGAGGAACAGACAGUAAUAUUUCUGCUUUUCAAGGGCACCUCGAGCUGCCUGAAAGCAGAAAGUUUGCUGCGUAGAAGUCAACAAGAAAAAGUAGCCGCAGCUGUUCUUUCUAAAAAAAAAUGUACAUAAUGUCCUUAAGUAUUAUCCAAAAGUACUGUAGUAAUGUAGCUAUGAAGAGCUCUUAAAGAACAUACGGCCCAUCCUAAAGGCGGUGCUCCAUGUGUCUGCUAACACCAUGAAGAAUGUUUUCCCACUGUCAGUGAAUACCCACAAUGCCUGGUACAUAAUAAGCAUGAAAAAAAUUGUCUUCCUAUGUAAAAUACAUUUAUACAGAGCUCAUUCAGCCCCAUCCUCGACGUCGCGUGAGUCAGUCUGCUGCUUGUGCGUGAAGGACAACAGUGAAUCAUAGAUAGUAGUCCUCCUCCUGACAGCAUGUUGAAGUGUCUUCCAGUUAGACACCGAACCUCAAACUGCUCCUGGUGAGCAGGUCACAGCGUUGCAUGGCAGCUUCUCCGCCCAUCAGCGUGUGAAUGGGUUUGUAUGUGUGUGUGUGAAGGCACUAUAUAAAUGUAGUCCAUUUACAAUAACAGCAGGGGCCGCUUCACUGUUCAUGGCAAUGAUUGUGAAUCAUGAGCAGAAACUUAAAGCAUCAAUCCUGUCAGUUAUUUGUUUUUAUAGUUUUCCAGAAAAUAUGUCAUGACUCACUCUGUGUGUGUGUGUGUGUGUGCAUGUCCUUUGAUGUGUGCUACGGAUGUUGUGUCAGAUCUGCCUGGGUCACAUAAGCCUACUUUCAUUCACUUGAUCAUUUCUGACAAACUGGACACUGUACAUGAGAGAUUUUUUUCACAUGGCUGCUUCACAAGAUCAAAGAAUCUUUUAUCUGUGAUGAAAUACUACUGAGUUUUCUGCUGCAGGUAUACUACAAGUGACAACAGUAGUCAAUUUUAAUUGAGAGAGAUUUGACAUUUUGUACUUGGAAAUUGCAGGAAAAGUGUCACAAGUUUUGUCCAUCAGAGAAUUUCUCGGAGUACUGUCACAUUUUGACCUGAUUUUAAUGUUUGGAAUUUUUAUUUUUUUUCUAAAAAGCAGGAAAUAUGCAGCAUAUGUGAUUUAUGAAUGAGGAAACCCUCCUUUUCUGCUACGUUAGCCAUAAUUGAUUUGGUUUGUGUUUUGAAUGUUGACCUCUAUUGUAUUGCAAUUAAGCCUUCUGAGACGGGCUUCAAAAUGGUUUGAAUUGCGCUCUAUACUCAUGUUAAAUUUUAAUAUAACUGUUAUAACGCACUAAUUACAAAAGAAAUAUGACAGUUAAUGUAGUAUUUGAAUUAAUUGUCUUUAAAGGUCUUAAUGUCCACACAUCUGGUACUCCAUGCAGGUGAAAAUACAAACGUUCAAAUGUUGUCCAUGUGGAUCAUAUUACUUCCUCUAAUCUUAAAGAUCAAGACUGUAUACUCUCCUACUUCAUGCAAAAAUCAACAGACAGUAAAUCUUUUCAGGCUGACAGUUUGUCAUGGUGCUACUUGAUCAAGCAUGCAAACAAGACAGACACUUUUACAGUGGUAUGACGUUACUAGUGGAUUGACUGGAAACAUGAAAUGGAAAUCUGUGGUUACUGAAAAGUAUUGAUCUGGAGAUCCAUAUUAAUAAGGACUUCUCUAUUUCAACUGUUGAUAGAAAAACUGAAAAAAAGAGAUGGAAGUCCAUCUUCAACACUACUAGACUGAAGCUGUUCCACAUGAUGCAUAAAUUGCUGCCACCUAGUGGAAAAACUGAAAAUUGCAAGAACAUAAAUUCCUUACGAUGCUAAAGAAAAUAUUUUUUUCUGUUAAUACUAUUUUCUAAUUACAUUUUGGUAUGCAUAUGUUUUAUCCAUACAUGAAUCUACAGGCUUAAAAGCAAUAGAGGCUUCUGAGCCAGCAACAAUACCCAGCUCAAGGCCGUUAGCUUUGUUCUCUUAAUAUAAAAACAAAAUCUACUGAACUACAUUAUGAGAACUAGUAUGCAGCCAAUGUCUGUAUCUAGUUCUUCUGCUUUGAUGAGACAAAAUACAAGAAAAUGCAAGAAGUUUAUUUGUUCUCUGCAAUAUGUGAAAGGGGGUGUAAUAGGUGAGUGUGUAUAGUGUGUUUUACAGAGACACCUCUGUGAGUGUAUGUGCAUGUUAAGUAUGUUAAAACUGAACUGAUUCUCUUGUAUUUUUACCUUGAGACUGCAUGUCCUAACAUUUUCAAUUUAUUCUCCCAAUUGAUUUUUUUGCCCAAGUGAUUAUUCGCCCCACCUACUGUAAUGGAUGCCUUUUUAAUCAAAUGUGCAGGUUUUUAGUGAAAUGACUGUACUGUAUAUCACUCACUUUGAUUAUGUUCCAUGUAUGUUUUAUCACAUUUUGGGAUUAAAUGUAUUUAUUUGAACAUAA